AUGGGUGGACUUUUCUUCUUAUACGGUCAAGGUGGUUGUGGAAAAACAUUCUUAUGGUCAACUAUAUCAUGUUCAAUUAGGUCUAAAGGUGGUAUAGUUUUAAAUGUUGCUUCGAGUGGAAUUGCUACACUUUUGUUGCCUAAUGGAAGAUCUGCACAUUCAAGGUUUAAAAUUCCUUUGGCCAUAAAUGAGGAUUCUUUGUGUAGCAUUAAACAGGGAAGUCCUCUUGCAAGGUUAAUAUCCAAGGCUAAAUUAAUCACAUGGGAUGAAGCUCCAAUGAUAAGUAAGUAUUGUUACGAAACUUUAGACAAAUGCCUCAGAGACAUCUUAAGGUGCUCAGAUUCGUAUAAUGCUCAUUUGUCAUUUAGAGGUAAAGUUGUUGUUCUCGGAGGAGAUUUUAGACAAAUUUUAUCUGUGAUUCCCAGAGACUCAAGGCAAGAUAUAAUUCAGUCUUCUAUUAAUUCUUCAUAUUUGUGGCAUAACUAUGGUGAAUCGAUCGUUCAUAUACCAUCUGAUAUUUUGAUUAAGAACUCUGAGACAGCUUUGGAUGACCUCAUUGAUUUUGUGUAUUCAGAUAUGUUAUCCAAUUUAUCCAUUGAAAAUUAUUUCAAGGAUAGAGCAAUUCUUGCACCAAUUUUGGAUUGUGUCACUGAUGUCAACAACAAGAUGACUGCAGGGUUACCUGGACAAGAAAGAGUUUACUUAAGUUCAGACUCUGUGUGUGCUGAAGAGGGAAAUAUGGAAUUUGAGUUAGAUGCUUUCUCGCCAGAGAUUCUAAAUGGAAUAAAUUAUUCAGGUCUAUCAUCACACAAGUUGGUUCUGAAAGUUGGUGCUCCUGUUAUGUUGCUGCGCAAUAUAGACCAAACUAAUGGUUUGUGCGAUGGAACGAGGAUGCAAGUUAGAAGAAUGGGAAAUCAUGUGAUAGAAUGCAAGACUUUAACUGGUAACAAAGUUGAAAGUAUUAUUCUUAUCCCAAGACUGAAUCUAAUUCCAAAUAAUGAAACAUUGCCGGUCAGGUUUCAAAGAAGACAAUUCGCAAUUAUCAUGUCAUUUGCAAUGACAAUAAAUAAGUCACAGGGACAAACUCUAUCGAAAGUUGAAAUUUACCUUUCAAUGCCAGUUUUCACUCAUGGUCAAUUGUAUGUUGCGUUAUCAAGGGUAACGAGUAAAGAUGGUGUGCGAGUGCUAUUGCAAGAUCAUGGACACUUGAAAGAUAACUGCACGAUGAAUGUGGUAUAUAGAGAAGUUUUUGAGAGCCUAUAA